CUUUGCCCCUCUCUCUCUCUCUCUCUCCUUCCUUCCUUAUCCUCUCUCUCUCUCUCUCUAACUCAGUCGCCUGUGAAAGCAAAGCAAUUCCACACACUCUCUCUCUUGCAAGCUUACUGCAACUCACUCACUCUCAAGGAGGAAGGCGGAGAAGGAGGAGGCGGAGGCGGCGGCGGCGGCGGCGGAGGUGUGGAGGGAAGAACAAGAAGAAGAGAGAAGGUGGGUUAGACAGAGAGAGAGAGAGAGAGAAGAGAAGAGAAGGGAGAGCUUGGUUUUACAUGUGAUAAUGGAAGGAGGUGAUCACGACCACCACCAUCACGACCACUUCCUCCACCACCACCAACACCACCGACGACCCAACUUCCCCUUCCAGCUGCUCGAGAAGAAGGAGGACGAGCAGCCGUGCUCGACGUCCAGCUAUCCCUCCCUCGCCAUGUCCUCCGACGACGCGGCGCCCCCGAACCCUAACAACCGAUCGUCCUCCGCCUCCAACAGCCUCCAGAUCGUGUCCGCCGAGGAUCAGCAGCAGCCGCUGGCGGGGGGGGCGGGGGCGGCGGGGUCCAAGAAGCCGCCGCCGAAGCGGACCUCGACGAAGGACCGGCACACGAAGGUGGACGGCCGGGGGCGGCGCAUCCGCAUGCCGGCCCUCUGCGCCGCCAGGGUCUUCCAGCUCACCCGCGAGCUCGGCCACAAGUCCGACGGGGAGACCAUCGAGUGGCUCCUCCAGCAGGCGGAGCCCGCCGUGAUCGCCGCCACCGGGACGGGCACCAUCCCGGCCAACUUCACGUCCCUCAACAUCUCGCUCCGCAGCUCCGGCUCCAGCAUGUCGGUCCCGUCGCAGCUCCGAUCGACUUACUUCAGCCCCAACUUCUCCCUCCCGCCGCAGCGCCGGAGCAACACCGCCUUGUUCCCCGGGAUCGGGCUGUCGCCUGAAUCGACGCCGACGCUGCUCAAUUUCCAGGGCUCCUCGAGCAAUUUGAGCUCGAUGCUGUUUCAGGCCAAGCAGGAGCUCCGAGAGGCUUCGAAUUUGGACCUAUCAGAGAGCACCGAUCACGAGGGCAUGAGCAAGAAGCGAAGGUCCGAUCAGCUUGAUUUGUCGACCAAUUCUCAGUCUCAGCCUCAGCCUCAGUCGCAUGUCGGCAGCUACCUGUUGCAGUCGAGCUCCGGAGCCCUGCCGGCGAGCCACGGGAAUCUCCCGGCGAACUUCUGGAUGGUGACCAACCCGAGCAACCAGGUCAUGAGCGGUGAUCCGGUAUGGACGUUCCCGGCCUCGGUCAGCAACAGCGCCGCUUUGUACCGGGGCACCAUGUCUAGCGGCCUGCAUUUCAUGAACUUCCCCGCGCCCGUCGCCCUAUUGCCGGGUCAGCAUUUGGGCUCGGCCUCUGCCGGGGCAGGCGGCUGCGAGGGCCAGUUCAACAUGCUCGGCGGGCUGAGCCCGUACCGGCCCGUGACGAGCUCCGGCGUGUCGGAAUCCCAGGCGAGCGGUUCGCACUCUCACCACGGCGGCGGGGGCGGCGGCGGCGGCGACGACCGGCAGCCACCGUUCCCAGAUCCCGGCGGCGAUUAAUUUGGUGGGCUAGCUUGAUUGAUGUGUUGUACACACGUGAGGUUUUGGUUGUCGUUAAAUGGAUGAGCUUCCCCCUUUUUUUUUUCACCCCGCUUUUUU